UCGCGUGUGGCGCGAAGAGAGCCACGCCUCUUGAAGAAUUACCCGCCAACUUCCAGAAGAAACCCCGCGCCAAAGCACAGACACACACAUUCACAGAGGACUUCGGCGCACUGUACACCUACACACCCUCAACCACAAUGCGCUCCAAGAGGCAGCAGGUGAGCUCUCCCUCCACCAGGAUGAACCUGCGCAGUUACAGAAGCACUGCUGUGGUACCUGUGGAAACCUCCUCCUCUUCCUCCUCCGAUGACAGCUGUGACAGUUUUGGAUCUGAUGGUUUUGGGACCUCGAAGAGACCGCUGAGACCGACGAGAAGCUCUGCUCCGAUUGAGAAAGUGUUUAAAGUUUUACCUGCGACGGAGGAAGAGGAUGCGUGCAGCGGCUUUGAGAAGGACCUGAACGACGACAUGACACACAUGAAGAUGGACUCUGAUUCUGAGACCGGUUCACCUGUCAGAAAAACUCGCAAAUCAUUCACACUCAGAGUAGCCAUGAAGUUCCCCAACAAACGAGCCAGUCCAUCAAAGCCCGAGUCCAAACCUAAACCUGAACCAAAAGACUCGGAGAGCGAGAACUUCAUGAUGAAGAGAGCGCUGAACAUCAAAGAGAACAAAGCUAUGCUCGCUAAGUUAAUGGCUGAGCUGGAUAAGGUUCCUGGACUCAUUCCUAGGAAAGCUUUGUCACAAGGCAACACGCCUCGUCGUGCUCCGCGCCGCUCUCUGGACCUCAACAGCGCUCGCCGGCGAAACCCGGAGCGAACGUCACGUCCUCACACACGUUCACGGUCACUGGUGGAUGGACCACCCUCCCCGGCCCCAGAGGAAGAAACCGAGGACAAAUACAGCCUCGUGCGCAGAAACCGAAAUUACGAUGAUGAUGAUUAUGAUGAAGAGGAGAAGGAGCCACGUCGGCGCAGCUACAACAGCUCUCUGACGAUCCCUCACGUCGUGAGGCCUGUGGAGGAGAUCACUCGGGCUGAACUGGACAACAUCUGUGUCAACGUCAGAGAGAAGAUUUACAACCGGGCCACUGGAUCCACCUGCCAUCAGUGUCGACAAAAAACAACCGACACCAAGACCAACUGCCGCAACCCAGAGUGUGUGGGUGUUCGAGGGCAGUUCUGCGGGCCUUGUCUCAAGAACCGUUACGGAGAAGACGUCCGUGAUGCCCUCUUGAACCCGGAGUGGCUUUGCCCCCCGUGCAGGGGCAUCUGUAACUGCAGCUUCUGUCGUGCCAGAGAGGGCCGCUGUGCUACAGGUGUGCUCGUGUACCUGGCCAAGUACCACGGCUACGACAAUGUCCACGCUUAUCUGAAAAGUUUAAAGAAGGAACUGGAGGAAAGUGAAUAAGAUGGUUGCCAUGUUCUGCGGAGUCCAACCCAAACUGACAUCAUCAUCAUCAUCAUAAUCCUCAAGUAGCUCAAUCAUUGACGUGAUUCACUGAGCUUUCUUAAACUUGCUGCAGGUUGAGAAGCUUGCUGUUAAUUUGAGUAGACCGUUGUGAGUUGUCUACAUGAAAUCAUUAAGUUUGCAUUGUUUUAAAUGUGUCUUUUUUUUUAAUUCUUUUACAAAGGGAGUGUUUUUAUCUCUUCUGUAUUGGUAAAUUGUACAAUUGUUGGCUGCAAUACUUGUCUUUGCUGUUUUUUUACGAUGGUUCUUCAGUCUGUAGGUUCUUCAGACGCUGUAAUAACUGCGCUAUGUACUGCUUUAGUACUUGAAUAAAAUUUGUGCUUUUUAAA